CUGCGUGUGUUAUAUCUCAAACACAUCCAUACCGCCUAAUGACAUUUAUAUUGUAUGGAACCACGUCAUUGUGGCUUGAUCAUUACCCUAUGUGUCAGUUCAGCUAACCAUCACCAGCCUUCCGUAAAACCGAUCCAAUAUUGCACUUUUUAGUUGUCGACCCCGUAGUGGAAGGUUGUAGCACAUACUAUAUAUGCCAGCCACUUGUACAGUGUAAAUCAGGUCGAUUAUGCAUUUUAUACCGACACUCCUUUUUAAGAGCGUUGCGAUUGUGCCUAUUUCUUGGGACUUAUCUCACUACCUAGGUAUUCAUGAUAUAAAUCUGCCUGGGCAGACAUGUUUAACUACAUCCACAGUUCGCCUCGUCCACAUGUUCAUCACCAACAGGUCAUGUCGCAUAACUAUUGAAUUUAUAAUUCUCUGAAUGGAUAUCGAGGAAGCACCUAAGAUUACUGGCAGUGCCGCGGUGGGCCUUGCUUCGCCUUGGAGCGAGCAUCACUCGAGCCUUACCCCCCCUCCAACUCCGAGUGAGCCCAACAAUGCUGCGUUGCAGUCGAUACCAGUCCUAUCAAUAGGAUCUCGGGAAAUUCUCUCGCUGCAAGAGUCCAUAUUGGCCUUUUUGGCCUGUAUUGUAGAGCAAACAGAGAGUCCGCUCACACAAGAUCUCUCCUUGAAAGCAAGCCAGGACACCACAUCGACUGACGCAGAAAUUCACAUUAACACGGCGGAUACUUGGAAUUUCGCAAGACGUCGACUAGAUAAGAUUUCUCGUAGUUUUUCGAAAUGGACUAAAGACUUCAACUCUUGUUCCACUUCUCAUGAUAAUAAAGAUGGGUCAGUUGUUUUAGUAAUGGAUGGGGUAUUCAAUCUUAUGAGGACGAUUGCGCAUCGUCUAAUUUAUAUGGUAAACAUCGAGGGCCCUGGUUCUCAAGGGGUAGAUAAAAUACUCCUCAGCGUAACUGGUAGCCUCAAGGAAAUAUCGGGUGGAUUCGAUAAGCAGGACGAGAAAUCCUACAAUGACUGCCCUCGGUGCAACAAGAUAUCCAUUAUUCCUUCGGCAUCCGCCGUGGCUGUAACUCCCGAGCCGGACUACCUUGAUCUACUUGCGGGCCUGAUAGCUGAUCUCCAGGGAUAUUCCAAAUCUUUGAAGCUGGCUUUGAGGAUAAAGGGCUGGCGAAAGGAGGCGGUGGAGGGCAGCAAGUCGGUUUCCAGGCAACUCGCAAUUUCGGAGCGGGAUAAUGAAGAACCGUAUCAUAAGAGUAGAACAGACAAGUCAACGAUUCGGCCUUCACCGAACAUAGAAAGGAGCCCAACUCACAAAAUCAACCCCAGCCACGCUUAUAUCAACCCUGCAGUCAAAAGACCACGAAGCUUAGGUCUUUCCGAUUCCUCUCGUUUAUUAGAGAGAGAUAAUACGAAUAGAGGAUCUCAAAAGAAGAACACAUCACUUAGUAACGAGAGUGAAAAAAUGAUUGAUAUUGAUGAAACCGUUACGUAUAUCAAGGAGCAAUGGCAAGAGGCGAGGGAAAGCGUCAACUCGAUCGAGAUACCCCCCUCUUCACGUAUUGCAUUGAUUUUAUCAACCGACAAAUCUAUUUUCAACCUUUCAAACAUCCACCUAGAACUAGAAAAACUUGAGAAGAAUACCAAUAUUUCGGACGAAUCUUCAUCGGGCGAUAUCGAAGAAAUCUUGCCACAAAGGAUCGAAGACCUGAAGCUUAACCUUGCUGGUGACGAUCUGCCAAAAGACAUCGUCACGUUGCUGGUUGACGCGGUGCCUAUAGAUAAAGAUGAAUUUAGUUCAUUUUCGACGGCUUUUUGGUAUACGCAACCUCUCGCGAAACUUUAUGCUGCUCGUUCUCUACUUGAAGGUCUCCCGAACUGGAAGGUACAUCUGAGAGAUGCCUAUCUUGGCCUGAUAGAACCUAUUUUCAACCAGGUUCAAAGAGAUUUAGUGGACUUGGUUAUCUCUUCAUUCUCGGAUAUUUCUACAAAACUGUUGACACGCAUUAAUCGUGGUGAUGCCGGUCUGCAUCUUCGCCUACCAAUUAGAACUAUGGAAAAAGCUGCAUUACAACUCCUUGAGCACCAAUAUCUCGAGCGUCUAGUGCAUUCAUGGCCAGGACUUGACUAUCUGCUCAUAUUAUUAGCUAUAAAAUGUACGGCCCUUUCCCAGCACCUCGAAUUAACGUCGGGCGUAAGCAUUGGCCUUACCAAGGAAAAUAGAUUGCAAGAUAUCUGUCUAAUACCUUCGGUUCACUUUCUUAUUCACAUGGUAGAAGAAGGCGAUCCGCUCUCUCGGCCGAAAGACUAUUCAGCCUUGGGUAAUACUUUCUAUGAGAAAACUGUUGGGGAUCUAUUACACCAUCCAACGCUUUAAAUGGGUCACUUGAAAAUGAGGAGUUUAUGGGGGGUAAGGGUGACCGAGAAACUACCUGCUGGUCUAGAAAACUGCUGAAGUGUGGAGUUGGAUAGGUAAGUAAGGCUGGAAGGACGGAUGUAAUUAUGUGUGAAACGGAUAGCAAGGAGGGUUAGGGGGGAUCGGACACACAAAUAAAAUAUAUUAAGCUUGAGAGUAAAAGUGAUCGGCCUGUCAGUUGUCUGGCUCUGCGAAGCGUUGCAUUAUUUCCCUAUUGCCAUAGUAGAGGGACUAGGAGAUCAGGACACAGGAACUAUUUGUGAAUAAUUAGGACUGUCAGUAGUUAAGCCAUACGAAGGGAUACAUCCUGGGAAGUAUCGGAGGAACUCCUUAUCGCCAAUGUGGAGGCAAGGGAGUCCUUAGAACAAAGAGGUCAUUCUUAUAUGUAUACAAUAGCUUCCGUAGCAGCUACUUGCGAUCUCCUCGCGCAACAACAGAGUUAUUAACCCCCUUAUAUGGUUGGUUUCAUGACAAGGACGGCCAACUUCAAAAUAUAUUUAGGAAUAACACAGUAAAGAAAUGUAGAGAACUCCAGGAUUAUCUGAGAGUGCUUCACGCUGGUAUGACUCUUAUAUCUACCUAGGUACCUAGGUAGGU